AUGACACUCGAAUCGCUGCUCCGCCCUGCUCUCCAUAAUAUUGAAGAGACGCUGGACAAGCAGGAUCUUGAGGGCUUCAUCAAAUGCUACUCGGAAACCGCCGCAAUUGUGGAUAUUACGGAAAAGAAGGUGCAUUCUGGAAGAGAUGAAAUUGGCGCCAUGUUCAAGGAAUGGUUAAAGUUUGGCAAGUGGACGGCUGAGACGACCAACGAGAAAUUUGGCGGCGGCGAGGAGCUGAUUCGCUACUCGGCCCACUUCACCCUAAAAUUUGAAGACGGCAAGCAAGUCAGCUUCAAUAUUUUGCAGUACUGGCGCAAGGCCGGCGAUAGCUACGAGGUCGAAAACGAGCACUUCAGCAUGGCUGGA